AUGAUGGACUCGGAUCUCACCCUCGGCCUCGUCAGGCUCGUAAUUCUCCUUCUCGGAGUGUAUGCUCUUUCCGCGUCCCUGUAUGGCUCGAUUUUCCCGAAGCGGCCGCCGUCCAAGGACGUGGAGACGACGAGCGAACCGCCCACGAUAGCAUCGCGGAUACCCUAUCUUGGCCAUGUCUUUGGCGUCAUGAGGACUGAUUUCCAAGAAUACUUUGGCCGACUCUCAGUGAGCCAGCUUACACCGGUAUCUGUGGCGCAGCUCGCCACGCAGCGAAUCUAUGUCGUGGACGCGUCCAAUACGGAAAUGACCAAGCUCUUUGCCCGCACACCGGGCCUGAGCCUCACGGCCGCGUUCUGGGUCGGCUUCGGCGGCUACCUGCGCUUCAACAAGGCCAGCGAGGAGAGCAUGAUGACGCCCGACAAGCACCCGUUCAAGAAGGAGCUGUCGCGGCUCCUCCGCGACGAGCUCAUGACGAUGGAAAAGGUGCAGGCGGCCGGUGCGCACGUGCAAAAGAAGAUGGAUGAGGCGUGGCAGCGGACGGUGCCGGAUGAGGCGAAUACCGUCCGGCUCGCGGAGUGGGUGUCGGACGGCAUCGCCAUGUCGGUCGGCUCGGUCAUCUGGGGAGACAAGGGACCGUACGACGACCCCAAGUUUAGACAAAGCCUCAGAACCAUGCUCUGCGGACUGCGUAGCCUAUACCACCCGCUUACGCUCUUUCUGCCCUCCUCGUUCCGCCGUGCGCGGGACUACGUACGGGCCGGGCUGAGCACGCUCGAUGCGCCGCAGAGCCACGCCGAGGAGGCGCAAGACGCCUUCAUCGGCAAGGUCAAGAUUCUGCUCACAAAGUACCGGAUCCCGCGCGCGGGCUGGAACGACUUUUCCUUCUCCCUCAUCAUGGGCGUGUUCCCCAACCUCAUCAACAUCACCACCUGGGCGCUGUGGCACCUCGUCGCCGACGCCGCGCUGCUGGCGGCCGUGCGCGGCGAGCUCGCCGGCCUCGUCUCGCACGCGGAGCCGCCAGGUCCCGGGCCGCGCAACACCGUCGUCGUCGACAUCAGCCGCGUGCGCGACGCCUGCCCGCUGCUCAUGUCCUUUUGGUACGAGCUGCUGCGGGUGUACGCGGCCAACUCCAACAUCACGCGGCUGGUCACGCGCGACGCCGUCUUCGCGGCGGCCGGGCUGUCGCUGCGGCGCCACGCGCUCGUCGUGGCCCCGAUGCGGCCGCACCAGCACAGCUGCCGCAGCUGGGGCGCCGACGCCGACGUCGUGCGCGCGGACCGCUUCCUCGGCGCCGACGGCACGGUGGACGCAGGCCGCGUCCGGCAGCUCAUGGCGUUUGGGCUGCCGACGGUGCUCAUGUGUCCCGGGCGCUACGUCGUGUUCAACGUGGUCAUGCUCCACGUGGUCAGGACGCUGCUGACGUUUGACAUGGCGCUGGCGCCGGGGGAGACGCUGAAUGGAGGACGGGGGGUCUGCGGGCCGCGGAAGAGCAUGGUGGCUGGGGUGCCGGAGCCGCGUCAUGAUCCGGAGCUGGUUCUGACGCGGCGCGCUGGUGUAGAGUCGGUGCAUGUGACGUUUGAGAACCAGAAGCCUGGGUGGUAG